AUGGUGAAGGAUGGGAAGCCGAAAAGCAUGCAGAUACUUGACGGUGAAUCUAGACAGAGUCUUGAAAAUCACACAUGGCAACACAUUCCUGAGGAUGGGAAGAAGUAUGGUGAUUUUACCACUUGGUUGCCUCAAUGGUUAGGCUUAGAGCUCACAGAAGGGGAUCCUGGAUUGCAAGUGGUGGUGAGAAGAAAUCUUGCAAAGAGAGAUGGUGAAUUGAGACACUUUCUCAUGAGUCAACAGGAGCCACGUCAACUGUCAAGCUUUAUAUCAACUGUGAAUUUCUUCCAUCAUAAUUUGACGACCACUGCCAGCCAGCUCUAUAUAUCUAUCUGCAACAUAGCUGAAGUAUUUCUUCCGACAUUUCACAUGACCAUGGGUGGAUCAACCCAUUUCUCUGUUUUCUUACUCGUCGCAAUAAUUUUACUCUGUUCUUCCACCAAAACUGUAAAUGCAACUUGCUAUGCAAGCGAGAAACAAGCUCUUUUGGACUUCAAGAAAGACUUGGAAGAUCCCUUUGGUAGACUCUCGUCUUGGAUACACGACGUUGAUUGCUGCAAAUGGAAAGGAGUUGUUUGUAGCAACCGAAGUGGCCGCGUGAUUCAACUUCUCCUUGAGGGUCCUGAUCCUGAAAUUGAUGAUUUUGGUGAUCAGGAAAUAUCAGCAUUAAGCGGUAAAAUCAGUCAUUCGUUACAAAAUUUGACUCACUUGCGUUACCUUGAUCUAAGUCUAAAUGAUUUCAGUGGAAUUCCAAUUCCCAGUUUUUUUGGGUCUCUCAGAAGUCUAAGGUACCUGAAUUUAUCUGGAGCUGGAUUUCAAGGAAUGGUCCCCUAUCAGCUUGGAAACCUGUCAAGCUUACGCACUUUAAGCUUGGAAACCUAUCGAGUUUCCGAUCUUCAAGUUGAUAACCUGCAAUGGUUGGCUGGUCUCUCCAAUCUGGAGCACCUAGACAUGAGUCGCGUGAACCUUAGUACGGCGUCUAAUUGGCUAGAGGUGAUUAACACGAUCCCUUCCUUGGUAGAGAUACAUCUGCCCUAUUGUCAACUUGAUUUAAUUUCUCAUCAUCUUGGCAGAGAUACAUUUGUCCUCCAUGCCAACUUUUCUUCUCUUACUGUCCUAGAUCUUUCUGGAAAUUUUCUUGGACACCUCAUCCCUAGAUGGAUUUUCGGUCUUACUGCCCUUGCUUCCCUUGAUUUAAGUGAUAACUCGUUUGAAGGUCCAUUGCCCAGAGAUCUUAGGAACUUGACUUCCCUCAAGCUCUUGGAUCUUUCUAGAAACUAUCUAAAUGGUUCACUACCAGACGAGCUUAUUCAUCUUAACAAUCUCAUUUCUCUCAACCUUGGGGGGAAUCAAUUAGAAGGCUUCUUGGAAGGAAUUUGGAAUUGGAGUUCCCUUGCAUCUUUGGAUCUAUCAGUGAAUCACUUCGCUACCUUCCUCCCAAGCCAAUUAUCCACUUUAACUGCCCUAAUUUCACUUGAUCUUGGCGACAAUCACUUUCGAGGUUCUAUCCCAAGCUCUAUUGCCAACAUUUCCAACCUUCAACAUCUUGAUCUGUCUUAUAACAACCUUAGCUCCUCUUUACCAAGUGAAGUAUUCACAUUGAAGGACUUGAUUUCACUUGAUACAAGCAAUAAUUACUUAAAUGGUCCAAUUCCAAGCACAGUUGGCAACUCAAAUAAACUGUCAUCCUUGGAUGUAUCUCACAACAAAUUCACUGGAACUCUUCCUGAAAGUUUUUGGCAGCUUUCCAAACUUGAAGAGCUUCGUAUUGCUGAUAAUUUAAUAGAAGGUAUUGUGAGUGAGAGCCACUUAGACAAUCUGGCAGCUUUAAGGAUUUUUGAGGCAUCUGGAAACUCCUUGACCUUAAAAGUAAGUGCAAGAGGCACCUCUCACAUUUUGUGUGAAGUGAAGAAUGAAAAUCAAGUUCUUCAAUAUUUGGAUCUUGGGAAGAAUUGUCUAUCAGGAGAAAUUCCUGACUGUUGGAUGAAUUACCCAUUCAUGUAUCACAUCAACCUCAACAGCAAUAACUUCACUGGAAGCAUUCCAAGGUCAUUGUUUAAGUUGGAAGAUCUGGAGUAUUUAGGCUUGGGUAAUAACAGCCUCACUGGUCCGAUAACCUUUGACUUUGAUGCAGAGUUGUGGUGA